AGUCGAUAAGAGGAUAGAUCAUACAUAUCAGAAUGGACGAUUGAUGACGACAAGUCGAUCGAAGAACCGUGGGUAGCGGCGUAGAGCCGUCUUCUUGUUGCUCUACCUCUACGAGUAUUUUGACGAUCGAUCAAAGGCUUACCAGAAGAACUUGGAGAAUUUCUCGACGGUGGAAUAUCUUCGUUUGCUAAUUUGCUUUGACGAUAUCUUCUUCGGCUUCAAACGAUCUGAGGAGGAAAUUUCAGAGUGUAGCAGUUAUACUGAAAGAUUUUGAUUCGGUGAAGACAACCAAGGUAACGGCGAAAAAUGGCUUCCAUGGAGGGUCUGGUGCCGAUAACCAGGCAUUUUCUUGCUUCGUAUUAUGACAAGUACCCAUUUACGCCUCUACCUGACCAUGUCUCUCGCCUUUCGACUGAGAUGCUCGCUCUGGCGAACAGUUUGCUUGAUGAACUCCCGCCUACUUCAGAGGAAAGCAUCCUUCUUGAUGAAGCAAACCAACAUCCUCCUCAUAAAAUUGAUGAGAAUAUGUGGAAGAAUCGGGAAAAUGUGGAAGAAAUUCUCUUUCUGCUUGAAAAAUCUCGUUGGCCUCAAGAGGUUCAGGAGUCUGCAACUGGUGAAUCUGAACUUGCUAAUAUUAUUGGAAAGUUAGAAGAAAAAGUUCGGAAUACCUUACAUGCUUUGGUGGCUUUCCAAUCUAAAAAUUCUGAGCACGUGUUCAACACAGUUAUGACUUACAUGCCUCAAGAUUUUCGAGGAACGAUAAUUAGACAGCAAAGAGAACGAUCAGAGAGAAAUAAGCAAGCAGAGGUUGAUGCUUUGAUUAAUUCUGGAGGAAGUAUACGUGAUCGAUAUGCUCUCUUAUGGAACCAACAGAUGGAAAGGAGGAGACAGUUAGCACAGCUUGGUUCUGCAACAGGUGUCUACAAAACCCUUGUGAAAUAUUUGGUUGGAGUUCCAGAGGUAUUGCUAGAAUUCAUUCAGAAAAUAAAUGAUGACGAUGGGCCAAUGGAAGAACAAAGACAACGCUAUGGACCACCUUUGUAUAAACUUACCACAAUGGUCCGCCUUAUUCGACUCUGUAUUUCAUUAUCAUGGAGACGUUUUGAUGCUGGGAAACGAAGGGAGCAUCUUGUUAUAUUGGAGCAAGCGGUUGAUGUGUACACCUCUGAGCUUGAGAGGUUCCUCGGGUUCAUUCGCGAGGUCUUCAACAAUGCUCCGUUCUUUAUUUCAGCAGAUGUGGCCUGUGCAGCAGAUGAGAGGAAAAGUGAUAGCUACAAAGAAAUUAGUGUUCCAGCUGGAAAGACUUAUGAGGUUUCAUUAAGUGUGGAGUCUAUCAAUUCAUAUAUUGCGUGGGAUUUCUCAUUGGUUCAAGGCAAGAUGAAUAUGGAUAUUGGAUUCAGUGUGGAGUGUGAAAGUCCUGGAGGGGUAAAGACACUGAUAUUGCCUCACAAACGCUACGAGUCUGAUCAAGGAAACUUCUGCACUUGCAUUGCUGGGGACUACAAGCUGGUUUGGGACAAUACAUAUUCAACAUUUUUUAAGAAGGUUUUGCGCUAUAAGGUCGACUGCAUACCUCCCGUGGUAGAGCCGGUGCAACCCGCUGCAGAAUAAGUGUCUCGGGUGGGCACUCCAUUGUAGACAACAAUAUUUAGAUUGUAACAUAUACAUUCAUAGUUUCAUCAUCUCAGAGAGUUUUGAUCGCACGUUGAGAUCCUAUUCUUUGCAAGAUUUGCUGAUGAUGAAUCUUGUAAGCAAUACAAUUAACCCAUGAAAAAAAGAGAGAAGCCAUUUGUAAUUAUGAAAAUACGUCAUUUUCUUGUAUGAUGCUUCGAAUCAAUCACCUUGUGAAACGCCUGUUCUCUCGUCAUGAAUGUAAUACGAAAUUAAUUGUUUGUUUCAUA